UAGACACUCGAGCGCCCGUUUUCUCGCAGUUCCCGCGUCGUUUCAGCGCGCGCGCGUGCGUAUACAGAGUAGUAGGCAAUUUUCGUAAUUCGCUGAUUGAAAAAUCGCGGCAAUCGUUUCAGCGUUGUUUUCCUAUGACAAGCAGCAGAUCGUCUGUGCUCAGUGCCUCUAAAAUGAUGACAAAAAUUAUGCAUUUCGCGACGAUACAAGUUUGGUGAAAUAGUUCGACGAUACUCGCGCGCAAGUUCCUCGAAUAUUGCAAAGAGAAAAAUACAUCGCUCGACGCGAGUCUGUGUGUUGUGAGUGAAAUGUGUGCGUGCGUGUAUGUAAAUUUGCGUGUGUUUAUACAACGAGAAGGCCGUGUGUGUUGAGAAUUAUCAUUAGUAUUAUCGCACCAAAGCGAGUGCCUCGAGACAUAACAUCCACAGGAAUUAGCAAAUCAACGAGGCUCGCCGGACAAAUUUGAUUAAAUGUUUAAAUUCGUGACGUUGGACUAUCACGCGCACGACACCAUACUCUACGAUCAUGCGAAUCUCUCCCCAUGCAGACUAUAAUCAUGAAUUAUAACUCACGACGAAAGAAUAACAAAUCUGAUUUAUAACGAAAUUACAUGUAUGUUGAUCAAACGUAUAAUGAUACCAAGGACGAUAAACUUAAAAGAUUGUCAAGAUUUCGAGCAUAGGACACAUCAAGCGCACGCAUCUAUUUAUUAUUUUUAUUUAUAAAAACAAUAAAUAAAUGUGCCUCCUUUUUACUACGUAUGCAGUAGUAGCUGAUCAGACGAUUAUACACAGGGAGCAAUUAGCAAAGGCACAUGUCGGACUAGCAAACAAUUGUAUCACUGCUUUGUUUGAUUACAUCUCUAUUACGCGCAGUACUUAUUAAUUGUCUGUGUAAACAAUGAAAGUUUUUUAUUGAUGAGAGUAAAGAGGAAUCUACGUGCCUGACAGUCGUAUCUAUCGAGUUUGCAACUUCUUUCUUUGCAUUGCUAUUUAUUGGGAUUUUUCAAAGAUGCAUCAUCAUCGCAAUUACUUUUUGAACAAGAAUGGCACCGUCAUAUCAACCGCAGCCGAGGAUGGCAUCACAGGAAUUCAAUCGUCAGAAAACGAUACGAAUUCUCUGCAAUCUCUGUCACAUCUGGAUGCACCGGCGAACGUAGCCCUUUAUAUGCUCUGUGCCAUGAUUUCGCUGAUGGCUUUCGUCGGAGUCGCAAUUGUCCUCCUUGCCUUUGGAUUCAGCAAGCUGAGAAAGCGCGAGGACGCCCAGAUGGCCGCGGCGGCCAACGUCAACGGCAACAACGUCGUCAACAGCCAGAGCUGCGACGUCGAGACCGGUGGCAUUGUCAAUCGCGCCAUGAGCGUGAGCUCGCUCAGCCUCGACGCGGCCAACGCCAACGCCAAGAACAUCAACGGCAACUGCAUCAGAGACGCGGCUUUCGUCGCCGCCUCCAUCCAAGCUGCCGCUGCUCUACAGCAGGACAACAACAACACCUGCAACAAUAACAACAACAAUAACAACAACAACAACACGACGUCGAUGCUGUACGCCGCUGCCUCGCAGUCGCAGAAUGGCACGAAUCAGCAGCAGCAGCAGGAAAGACCGGAUUGCAUUUGGCAGUUUCCACCGCCUUUUCCACCGACCAAGUACAAGCCACCGACGUUCGAGAUGUACAACGAUCAGGACAACCUCGUACAUGGGCAGCAAGGCUUGAAAAGUUUGCGGAAGAAUCUCGGCGGACGCUGGCGUCGCCUUGUCCGAAGAAAGUCCGAGGACAAUUGCGCUUUGACGCCGGAGCUCAAGAGCCAGUUAAGGCACAUCUACGUCUAUUGACCGACUAAUAAAAAAUACCAAUAAUGGCCCCCCUGCGCAUCGACGAGUGCCUAUCCUCAUCGACCAGCAGCUGCGGAGCAGAGUAAUUAACAAAAAUUCAAUCUGCUCUCGAUCGUCGCCGCAGGGACGGAAGGCAACAACAACACAUAUCUCUAAAAUAACUCCUUUGCAUCGAACAUACCUCUACAAAUGGCAAUGCCUGUGUAUUUAUCGUAUUAUUUUUUCCUUUAUUCUUCUGCUACGGCUUUACUCUCAGCCUUUAGAAACCUAACGAUAAUUAAGAUUAAGAAUUACAUUUUUAAGAAGAUGUAUGCGUGCGCUUGAAUAUGUGAUAUUAAUUGAGAAACGGACGGAAUCACAAGAAUCAUCGAUGUAUUAUAUUCGCGCGUGAUGAUGAUGAUAAUGAUGAUGAUGUACGAAUGUAUCUCGUUGAAUUACGUGCGUGCGUUUGUUUCACAACAAAAUCAGAAGAAACCGUUAUUCUUUGACUAUUACUGUCAUAUGUGAUGUGCUGGAUUAUAUAUAUGUACGUAUACAAUUUCUACAACCGAUGGAUCACAUAUGUAUACAUAUAUAUAUUCUGUUAUAUAGAUAAUUUUUAAUAUACAUAUAUUGUUUAAGGCGAUAAAAGUAAGGAAUUAUUGAGAGCUCGCGCGCGCACACAUAUAUCCACACAUAUCGUCUAGUUGAAAUUUUUCCACAUUUUUAUAUUAUACAAUAUGUGUGCGAAUGAUUUAACAGAUUAAAAAUGCUUGGCGUGAAAAAAAACCGAUACACUAUGCGUAUCAUAUAGGCGAGUCGCUCUUGACCCAUUGACGAUGGAAGUUUUUUUCACUCAAUUUCCGAAACCAUUCCGAUAAAUUCUUCAUCUUAUUUUCUUUUUCUUCUCGGCUAAGUGGCUGCAGUUGUUUUCGAAAUUAAAUAUCUUAUAAAUAAAUACAGAGUUAAAUAGCGAUUUGUAGAUCGUGACGUUUUUUCAGAAUUUUUCAAAACUUUGAAAGAGAUAGUAUCCGGCAUGAGCGAUUCGCCUAAAUGGAGUUAUUCUAAGGACAUUUUUGUCUUUUCCAAAACCAUACAGUAGUGAUAAACUGUUGCUGAAAAGAUGAAAACAAAAAAACAAAAAAUGUAUUGAGAAAACAAAGCAUAAUCGAUUUGUUUAAAAAACGCCAAGGCAAAGAGAAUUAGCUAGUUAUUCGCAACUAAUUUUUAAGAAUUUCGUAUUAUUACACCGAGGCGUAAAUUAUAUCAUUGUAUCAAUUGUGAGAAUUCAAAAUUCAUCAAUAAUACAAGAAAAAUGAAAACAAGCCUUUACCAUGAGACUGAACGGUGUUGCUAGUUUGUGUAAUGAUGGGAUAAUAAUUUUUUGUCGAGAUUUCGUUAGAAUUAAGGAAAAAAAUUAAUCCAAUGUAAAUUUCAAUUCAGAGAAAGACGUGUACGACCGAUUCGGGAAUUGUUUCCGGUCGCCGAGUGCGAUCGUUUGAAAAAUUUCCAAUCAAAUUCACCGACCUGGUCGAUGCGUCUAACUCACUGUUUGGGUCCAUUCGAUUUUAUUAGACGAAAAAAAACCGAGCCAUUUUUACCAGGCAGUGUGAACGUAUUAGUAUUAUUAUGUCAUUGAUAAAAGAUGAAAUAAGUGGAAAAAAAAGAAAUGAACAGAAAAUGAACUAAAAGAUUUCAAUGCAAACACAAAAACCGCGCUAUGUAAAUAAUUGUACAAAACAAAGUGCUAAAGCAAUAAGGAAAAUUAUCAUACGAUUAUUAUAUUUUUACUUCUUAAUUUUAAUAAGAAAUACUUUUACUAAAAUAGUUGAUAAUUUUUAGAGAUAAAAUUCGUGCCGAUUGCUUGGUUUACUACAA